CAGCCAGUCGUGUUUUUCCCCUCGCCGAGCUCACUCUCUCGCUCUCUCAUCCUGUGCUCUGACUCUCUCGCGUGCUCUGUGGAUCAACGGACAGACGAGACCUCUCCUCUCUUGCUCCUCGUCUUCUGUCUCACCUCUUCCUGUUUGUUGUUUUAUCUCAUCCUCUUCCUUUAUUUGUUUUUUUAAACAUUUAUUUUUAUUUCUCUUGUUCCCCCCUUCGCCCUGUGCCAGGGGCAUCAGUGGGGGUCCCAGAGAGAGUGAGUGUGUGUGUGUGUGAGUGAGUGUGUGUGUUGGAGGUUUCGGCAUGGAAGCAGUGGCACUUUAUACGUUUCGUGCCACAGAAGGUGAUGAACUCAGUUUCAACAAGGGAGACUUGCUCAAGAUCACCAACAUGGAGGAUGAUCCUAACUGGUACACAGCUGAGCUCCACAACAGAAAAGGCUUUGUACCAAAAAACUACAUCAACCUGCGGCCACACGCCUGGUUUGCUGGUCGUAUUUCUCGUGGUGUGGCAGAAAGUCGACUAAGACACAGGGAGUGCGGGGCUUUUCUGGUCAGAGAGAGUGAGAGCGCCCCUGGAGAGUUCUCCAUGUCUGUCAGUUAUGGGGACCAUGUUCAGCAUUUCAAGGUGCUGCAGGACCGCUGCUGUCAGUACUACGUGUGGGACGAGCUCUUCGCCUCCCUGAAUGAGCUGGUGGAGUUCUACCAUAGCAACAGCAUCGCUAAGGAGAGGACCGUCUUUCUGAGAGACCCCGAGCACUUCGCCAGGCGUCCCCAUCACGCCCACGCGCUCUUCGACUUCACCCCCCACCACCCAUCUCAGCUACGCUUUCUGCGUGGUGACGUCAUCGAACUCAUUGACUGCUCUGACUCUCUGCGCUGGAGGGGCCGUUGCCAUGGACACGUGGGCUACUUCCCCCCGGAGUACGUCCAGCCCAUUUACCACUGCCAAUGACCUGACACUUUGAUCAAACACCCAGCCAUACCCGCAGGUUCAUCAAUAAGCCAUCUUGACCCCGCCCCCUCACACUGCUCCCCUGCUCUGCACCUGCCCAUUCACCUCUGGAGAACUGACGCGCUGCAGCUGAACGUUAUGUAAAUGACUCCUCCCACUCUCCUCUGUGACGCCACCUGUCAAUCACGAGCCGCGCCCGAAUCAGCUGCUACAGGUUCAUCAAUCGCUUCCACCUGAUCCCACAACUCCACUUACUCUUUAAUCAUGUAAAAAAAUGAAGAUAUGGACCUAUACACUGUGGAGAACUCACAUAUACAGACUGACAAACCCACACACACACAACCCCAGGCAUAACCAUCUAUUAGAGCUUAUCAGCACUGGUGCAGGCUAAAUAAAAGCAACACACACACACACACACACCUGGUGAAAACAGAAAGCAGUGUGUUUGACCCAUGGGAGGCUGAGGAGGAAGGGCGAGGUUUUCUGCGCUGAAGAUGAGUCAGGAUUCACUCCAGUGUUUUUACUGCCGUUCCCACGAAGAGAUCCGGUGAGCUGAGCAGAGAGACACAGAGAGUCAUUGUGAAUAUUUGGGGCAGACACUCCGAGGACACUGACACAGCAGAUUCUUCUCGCUUGGCGUGUGUGUGUGUGUGUGUGUGUGUGUGUGUGUGUGUGUGUGUGGAGGAGCUUGUGUGUAAAAUGUGGGUCUGAACACAUGUAUCUGCAAACUUUAUGUAUGUUUAAUGUGUGCAAAGGGUGUGUGUGAGUGUGUAUUUGUGUAUGUGUGUGUGUGUGUGUGUGUGUGUGUGUGUGCUCUGUGGACCAGUAAAGGAGGUUACUGUGUUAAAGUGACCAGUGAGAUGAACACUGCCCAGAUGACACUUUGUUUUAAAAAACACCGCUUAUAAUGUAAUACGCUCAACUCAAUUUAUGAAUCAUUUGUUUGUUUCCAUGUAUUUAUUCUUAUUCAUGUGUAAUCUUAGAAUACAUACAGUAUAUUACAAGUGAGAUUAAACAUUGUAAAAAGUUUUUUUGUUGCUUUUUUGUUUCUGUUGCAAGAAAAAGUUUAAGAAAACCACAUUUUAUGUGAUUAACGGUGAGAACUUGGACCGGUCUUCCUUAACAUGUAAUGACAAAUCAUUUCAAUAAAGUGAUACAUUUACCUCUUUGAA